AUGUCCUCGGUGCUUCGGCGACUCCAUGGCGUCUUGACCGGACGGCCCAGGCUCCCCCGCGUGGACCUCGGCAAGCAAUGCGACCUCGGGCAACUGGUCGCCAAGUUCAAGCAGCUCUCCGAGUCCGGCGAGUUUCGUCGCAGGCGUGUCCUGUACGAGAAGACCGUCCGGCGCCUCGCCAGGCACCGGCAGUUCGCCUUGAUCGAGGACCUCCUCGAAGACCAGAAGCAGUACGUGGGGAGUUCCAGCGACAAAUUCGCGGUCCGUUUGAUAAGUCUUUAUGGGAAAGCGGGCAUGUUCGAGCAUGCCCAGAAGCUGUUCGACGAAAUGCCUAGCCUGAAGAGGGACCGCUCGCUGCUGCACCUGAAUGCCCUUUUGGCUGUCUGUAUUUGUUCCAAUAAGCUCGAUAAGGUCGACGAGAUUUUCCGUCUGUUGCCAGAGAAACUGUCGCUGGAUGUUGAUGUUUGCACCUACAAUACAGUUAUUAAGGGUUAUUGCCGGAUGGGUGCAAGGGAGAGAGAAGGCCGAUCAGGAGAGAGCUAA